AUGGUGAAGAAUAGCAAUCAAAAUGUAACAGGCACAACAAAUGCAAAUUAUUUCAGUCACGAAAUUUGUGAAAACAAAGAGGAAUAUUGUGCCCAAACAGCAUCUUCUGGUCUAGAUUCUCAACAAAUUGAGAAUAAUCACAGCCAAACAAGCCAAGGACAAGAAGUGGAAAAAAGAUUAUUAGCUUUCAAAAACACUGCAGUUGGCUGUGUUAUGUACUUUUUACAAAAGCACAGUCCAGCACAUAUCGAAAAAAUAGUUGAAUUCGUGAAGUCUAGCUUCCCCCCUUAAAAUUGGAGCAAAAUAUCUAGCCUUUUAAAUUUAACAAUAUUUUUUAGCCUAAAUACUAGUUUUUAUGAAAUUAGUUUUGGCCUAAUAUAAUGGAAAAAAGUGAAGCCAAUAUUAUUCAAACAAUUUUUGAAUUAAUUCUUCGAAAAAUAAACCAAAAUCCAAAACUUUAUAUUUUUUUAAUAAAGUUCUUUUUAGAGAAAAAUUUAAUAUAAUUUUGUCUUAUCUUAUCUUAUCUUAUCUAAAAUCUAGCAGAAAUCUCUGCCUAACGAUCCUUAUGGAUCAUUUUAAUCCAGUCAGUUAUUUUCUUUUUCCUUAAUUUCACUUUGCCAUCUUCCCUGCUGAACUUUCGUCUGAACAUUUUGUCUGAACUUUUGCCUGAACAUUUUGCUGAACUUUUGCGUGAACUUUUGCCUGAACUUUUGCGUGAACUUUUGCCUGAACUUUUGCCUGAGCUUUUGCCUGAGCUUUUGCCUGAACUUUUGGAUGAACUUUUGCCUGAACUUUUGCCUGAACUUUUGCCUGAACUUAUGCCUGAACUUUUGCCUGAACUCUUGCCUGAAAUCUUGCUCAGACCUCGUCUUAACUUUUCCUCUAACUUUCGCCUCUGCUUUGGGCCCAACUUUUGCGUUAACUUUCGCCUCAGCUUUCGCUUUAACUUUUCCCACAGACUUCACCUUAAUUUUCACCUCAACUUUUGCCGCGAUUUUUGUCUCAUUUUUUGCUUCGACUUUUGCCCCAAUUUUUUCUUCGGAUUUUAGCUCCACUUCUACCUCUACUUUUGUUUCAGCCUGUGCUUCAGUUCUUACCUCAGCUUUUGCCUUGAUAUCGUAAGGUAUCGUCUUAGAUGAAUGAGUGGCCAUAGCCAACUCUCAAUUAUCUUACACUUCCCCUUGCAUGCUGGUGGGUCUCUUGAGCAAUUCCUCCAAACCUAUUUCGUGAGGGUAUGUCCCUCCAUUUUCUGCAUCUUCUGAAUCUUCUUCCUCUUCUUCAAUUUCUGCCUCAUCCAAUUCCAUCUCCCACUUUCCAUUUCGUCUUCUAAAAUAUCCAACUCAUUUAAUGCUUCAUCAAAUUCAUCUUCAGAGUCGAGAUCUUCCAUGCGCUUCCAGAUAUUGCACAAUCUUUGGUCAAAUUCCAAAGCAGCUUCUUCUCAUGAGCACGCUUCCGAUUCUUUCUUCUCCAUUUUCCCCAAAUAAAAAGUUAAUAUAAUUUUGUCACUAAAAAUUAACACCUUAAGUUGGAACUUUUUUUCCGAUUUAAAAGGGAGGAGUAAGGAAGACUCCCUCUUGAAUUCAAAAAAACAUAAAUAUAAGAAAAGCGCUUUUGGGAUAGUGGAUUAUGCUUUGACUUGGCAUCCAAAGCUUUUCUUAUUAAAUGAUCGGUUUCACUAUUACUUAAAUGUAAUUGAGAAUUAG